CCUCCCUUUCCACUACAGGAAGUUGACGUGCCUAAGGUGCUCGGUUCUUCACCCGAAGCUAAGGUCUGCAAUCCGGCGACUAGCACCGUUAAAUUUAGGCAUCCGACGCCAAAAAUAUAACAUCCAACAUCUACAAUGGCCUCCGUGUCCGAGCUCGCCUGCAUUUACUCCGCUCUGAUCCUCCACGACGAUGAAGUCACCGUCACCGAGGACAAGCUGAAUGCUCUGAUCAAGGCUGCUGGAGUCACUGUGGAGCCCUUCUGGCCAAGUCUCUUUGCCAAGGCUCUGUCCAGCAUUGACAUCGGCAGCCUGAUCUGCAACGUUGGAGCCGGAGGUGGAGCCCCCGCUGCUGGAGCCCCAGCUGCUGGAGCUGCCGUCGCAGGCGGAGACGCCCCAGCCAAGGAGGAGGAGAAGAAAGAGGAGAAGAAAGAAGAAUCCGAGGAGUCCGACGACGACAUGGGCUUCGGUCUCUUUGAUUAAAAAAGAUGUUUUUCUAAGAAAACACACAAUAAAAAUACAAAAAUAAAAGUA